AUUUUAUUCACCCAAAUAAAAUGACAAGGUCUCUUUCUGUUGAUGUGAAUCUGAAUAGGAGAGGGUAUCCAUACUCAAGACUUUCCCAAGCAAUUAGGAAUGCUCAACAUGGGGGAGUAGACGAUACUGAAUGGAGAAGAGCUUUCCUCAAUACCCACAGGAGGAUUAUUUCAAGCAGUCUAGAGAGAAAGCUUAUCGAGUCUUCAAAUGUCUACACAGAGAAGAAUGCUAUUGACAAUAUUGUACCCAAGUUACAGAAGGGAGCAGAGGAGAUCUUUUGAAUCAACAGGAAUUAUGACCGCAGAGAUAUUUUCAGAGCAUUUUCUCUCAGGACCAUGAGCUUGUUAGAGAAGAGCGAGAUUCAGGAAAGCGACAAAAUUAUGAAAGCUAUGCAAAUAGUUCCCAGUUGAAAGAGAAUUAAGAAAGCUUUCAAACAAAUUGUGGAGGAGGGAGCUGAAAAUUUUCAAAUAAAGAAAUAUUCUUCACAUAAAUUGGCGUUGCUAAAGGUUUGUCUUGACUUAAGAGAGGCAUAUUACAAGACUUGCAAGCCCAUUUUUAAUUUAGCAAAACUAUUAAACACAUUAGUUCUUCAAAGAGAAAUUGCUGAGUAUCUUCAGGAAGAUCUCGCUAUUCUCUAUAUUAGAACUUUAACCAACCAAGAAAUUUAUCAAAAGUUGGGAUUACUCUUGUUUAAAGAAUCUUUGAACAGGAUUCCAGAGGGAUCUGAUCCUUCUACCACACUUAAUUACUCUUGUGUGCACUAUACAAGACUGAUUAAGGAAACAGAGUUGCUUCUCUCAGAAGUGACACCAACUCAGUACUAUGAGUAAACACAUAUUCUUCAGAUUUGACUAUCUUAGCCUUCAACA